AUGCUGCUGGAGUACUCGCUGUACUACUACCUGGACCAGGACAGGGAGCGUGGGCUCAGCUACAUCGACAGCACCGCCGGCGCCAACAUCAAGUCGCAGAUGAAGAUCAGCGUCUCGGGCAUGCAAUACCGCUUUCUGGACUCGCAGCUGCUGGAGCUGGCCCGCAGGUUCCGCGUGUAUGUGCGCAAGCCCAGCGCAGAGGACAGGGACGCGUGCGCCUCGAGCGUGCCCGUGACUGUGGAGGGUAUGCAGCGGCAGCUGACGGCGUUUGACAACGCGGUGCAGGACACGCUCAAGCAGUAUCUGUGCCACGUGCUCGGCUUGCCGGUCAUUGACACGUCGCACGUGCCGGAGAUGUCCGAGUCGGACGUCACCUUCCUGAAGCGCAAGCUGUUCAACUACCUGACCAAGGCCGGCCGCACGGUGUGCCGCAGCAAGGACGACGUGGUGAGCUACAUUGCGCCACAGGACGUGAUUGGCACGCCCACUGAGCGCAACGUGUGGAUGGUGGCUGGCCGCCGAGAUCUAAUGCAAACGGUCAUCCCAACGACGGAGUCGACGUUCCGCACCAUUGCCCACAUCCGGCCCACGCGGUACGUGUGCCAGGUGCCAAUGUCCGUGACCAAGGAGCUGAAGCGUCUGCGCAAGAAGGCGUUGGUGCUGAUGUCAGUUAUACCGCAAGCACGGGCGCUCCUUCGGCAACUGCAAAUGCUUCUGCUGCCACUGCUUCUUCUGCUCCUUCUGCUGCUGGCGACGAUGGCGCAAGCCGCGCACGGGCGACAGCCUGUCAACUUCAGUGCCCACGCCGUGCUUAAAGGCCCGCGCAUGGAAGUGGUGGCGGCGUCGGAAGUGAUGUUGCUGACCACGUGCGAGAGGCUGUUCCCGGCCAAGGUGAAGCAGGCCGUGUGGGAGGUGGAGCCAUACCAGUACCACACCAUCAGCGAGACGCUGCUCGCGGUGCAGCUGCAUGCGGAGAUUCGCGAGGGAAGCAUCACCAACGACCGCGACAUGAACGCCGAGAGGAGCGGCCCCCUUGCGGUACAACGAGGCGCGCGUGACCACGUCCGCACGGUGGCGCAGACGGCUGCGGACCUGACGACGGCGUACCGCGCGCUGCUGACGACGGCGCGGGACAACAACAUCCGCUCGCUCGCCACGUGCGCGCUCGGGUGCGGCGCCUUCCCCUGCUCCCCAUACGCAUCUGCAUGCACGCUGUUUGAGGUGAUUGACGAGGUGGGCCGCGACGGCACGCUCUUCGACACCAUCCGCGUGACCAUCAUCACCAAGGACGUGAGCAUGCUGUCGGCGUUUAAGCAGACGUUUGAGAAGUACUACGGCGAGAAGUGGCUGUACACGGGGCCAACGUACACGGAGCCGCCCUCCAAGGCGGAGCUGGACAACAAGGCGGCGUGGAACGGGCUUACGCACGACGCGAGGCUGCUGAUUGAGAACGCCUUCAACAAAUACCAUGCAGCCAUCGCUGCCAAGUGCAAGCGCAGCAAUGCUGACAACGACGGAUGA